AUGAACCCGUCAAAGGUAGUCCAAGGUACGCCAAACAGCGUAGAAUGGGACCCAAGAAACCCACCGGACACACCAUUUUUCACGGAAACUACAGCAGUGGAGCGCAGUCGCAUUCCGACGGAAUACAUUCGUCGAAUGGAAGAAGCUACACGCUUGUACGCGAUGCAUAGGGAAGGGCGCCACGCACUUCACACAGCCUGUCAAAUAGCUUCGUGGACAGUCGCCACGCAAUGCUGUUGGCUUUGCGUAGGUGUGUGGCUCACAGUGCGCGGGUACCGUCACGCCAAUCCUGCACAUUCAUUUGUAAGUGGUAUGACGUCUAACAAAGUCUUCUGUCGUGUGUUUACUCCCAUCCCAGUGCUUGGCUUGACCAUGAUGGGUGUGACGGCAGCACAACUCCCACGAGACGUGAAAGUUCUGAUCACUGCGCGUGAGGGAAGGAUGGAAGAGGAAAACUGCAUGAAGAGCGCCUUUGACCAGUGCAUGGCGGCGCUCGCAGAGGGCAGAUUAGCUAUGGGGAAAGAGGGAAUCCUGACAGCCUAA